UAAAUAAGACACUUGGAAGAACCAUAUUAGAAACAUCCAAGAAGAGAAAAAAAAAUGAUGCCGUUUGUAAUUUGCGGCAAUAACACGCACUCCUUUGCUUCUCUUUUAACCAAAACCUUCUUUUCCGUUUUUCUUAAAUAGCCCCGGCCCUAUUGGAAAGGAAAGCCGAAAGACAAAUUAGUGUUAGUAGAGUAGUACUACUAGUACUUCCACUGGAGUUUUAUAUAUAUAUAUAUAUAUAUAUGGCGGUUUCUGACGCCGUCGUCGCGAACUUGACGACGAUUUACGUGAUAGUGAUCGCCGGGAUCAAGGCUUAUGGGCUAAUCCUGGGGCGGAGCUUCAGUGGUGUAAUUGUUCUGAUUGCGUCCACAGUCUUAGUGGUAUUGAUUCUGAUAGGAACGCUGACGUGGGACAUGUCACGCAAAGCCACCUACGCUUUGUCGAGUGAUCACCGCACUCAUGUUCAUGAGAUUUGCAAGGGUGGCAUCUGCUGGCACGGCGUAGCCGUCCAAUCGCCGGCUUCUGAGGUCCGGUUUAGGCUACCCCAGCAACUACCUUCUCAUCCUAAUUUGUAAACUAUAAAUUAUAUAUUUAAGAAGAGAAGGCAUGGAUUUCAGAAGGUUUUGGUUUUGAUUCACACUGUAAUAUAUGUAUAGAUCGGUGUAUGGUGUGGGAGGCGGUGAUCAAUUUAUAGCUUGUGCUCCAUAUGUUUGAUUUUAUGACUGAGAGAAGAACGCGUGACUCUGUAAUUGAAAAUAAAAACAAAAAUAAUGUACAUAAUCCGAGUUUUUUCAUUAAUUAAGAAUUGUUAUGUUCUUUUUA